AUGCUGAACAUGGCCAGUGCCCUUGAUGCAGGUCCAGAAGGGCAGGAUGCAAUUGCAAGCAGCCCAGAGACCUCAAAUGUCGUACGAGAGAAUCAGAGUUUAAAACUCCGCAUCAGACAACUCGAACUGGCACUCUCCCGUCCAGAAUUGGCUAAGGUCGAGACAGCGUCUUCUCCUGUGCCUCCUCCGGAUCCGCAAUCGUCGGAUAGAAUCAUGGGUGACUUUCUCACCCAGGCGUUUGGUCUUUCCGCGGAGCCUGCCCCCAAAUUUGCCAAUAACACUCGCUCCUGGGAGAAUAUGCAGCUGGGCUGGGUGCAUCAUGCCGUGGAUGAUACUACAUUGAGAGAAGAGCAUGAUAUUUUCUGGGAUAGUUUGAUCGAAAAUGAGAAGGAAUGUUUAACGAAUCAUGGAUGGAUUUCAGUGUAUCUGAGCUUACUGGCUGUUGGGGUAUAUUUCAUGAGUGAAGAAGACUUGCAUGGGAUCCAGUUACUGUACGAAAGCUUCUUCAAUGAGCCGCCUUCUACUUUAUCAUCGCUGGGCAAAAAUUCUUGCGGAUUGGCUCGCACCUGGUACGAAGCUGCAUUGAGGGAACUGGAUUUGGCUGAUUACACUCGAAACCCUACACUAUCGACAGUGCAGACAGUGGCAAUCCUGAAUUUAAUCCAUAAGAACAUGGGAGAGUCAAAUCGAGAAUACAUCCUUCAUGGUAUGGCAGUUAAUGUUGCUCGGAUUAUCGGUCUGGACCAUGCUGGUGACGAUACAUCAAAGACGGAACAGGGAGAUUACAACAGGGUUCAACGAAUCGUCCAUCAAAGAUUAUGGUGGACCCUUGUCAUUUGCGAUUGGAUGACAAUCGGGUCACGUCCAGCCUCCAUCCACCCCGAUUCAUUCACCACCGUCAUGGGAACUACCCCCUCUCCAAAUAUUGAAUACCACAAAUUCAUGGCCCGUGUCGCCACCAUGUUCCGUAAUAACGUCACCCCGAUCAAAGAAUUGAGUCCAGAAGCACUGCAAUCGUGCUUCGAGGAGCUAGACAAAGUCUGUGCCUGUUUUCCAUCGCCUGCAAACAACUCCAACUAUGACGAACCGCCUUGGAAUACCAUCCAAAAUAAUCUAGCUCUCAACUGCGUCGAAUCCUGGCGACUAGCCCUUUAUGUCGCCAUGCUUCCUAAAGUUCUUGACGACUCCUCACCAACGUCUCACACAGACCUCGACCCGGGCAUCGCAACUGCGAAAGAAAUCCUUCAACGUACAUACACCAAUUCAAACCCAGUCUUCCACAAAUUCUGGUCCGUCAAUUCCGCAGUUGUCUCGGCGGGCAUAUUCCUAGCUCUCGAUCUCAUUUGCUUCCAACGACAGCGAUCGCCAGUUGAAUUAUCUGAGCAGAAGGAUAUGGUCGCAUUGAGCCUACAAUUGAUAGAGCACUCCAUCGCAGAAACACGACACGACGCGAUACUUGUUCUCAGACGUCUUACACAUCUAUACGAGACUGUGCGCCCGGCGUACAUGAGCAAAGUUGACCGCAGCGUGCUAGCGAGAAUCGUCAAACUCGUUGCGUUCCCCCGGUUGUGGAACUCUCUCACAAAUACGGAUGCAAUCAUGCGGUUUAUAUUUCAAGAUGCUCCGACGUGCAGUUUUGGCUCUUCCGAGUCCUCUUCGUCAUCUCCGGCAUCGGGGCUGCAUGCAACCCAGUCAGGGUUAGGCUUGGAUAGUAUGCCACAGAUGCAGGGUGGGGAGUUCGAUGCUUGGGGACUGUCUGAGACGAUGGGACAGGAAGAGACGGUACCUUAUUUCGGGCAGGUUUUUCCCUCAGCGGAGCUAAUAAAUAUGGCCUUGAUGGGUGAUCUCUGGAAAUAA